AUGACAACUCUUCCAGAACUGGUGGCUCAAUUAUCUCAACAUGACCGACUUUUUCAAGGUUUAAUGACACUAACACUUGAUUCUGAGCAAGAAGCACAAGUAGAAACCAUUGUUAGAGAAGCAACAACAACAGACGCAUCAAAAUCAAACACAUCAAUCUAUCCAUUUUUUGAACAACUAAUACGCCAUUAUUCGAUUUUGACAUGCGAAGAUUGUCAAAAAGCUACUCAACUCUCGGAGAAUGUAUUUUCAAAUUCAAAUGAUUCAGAAUAUUUUGUACUUCAACCAAUACCCGACGAAAAUUCACCUGAAGAAUUCGCAUCGGCAGUUGAUUUGCUUGUACUUCGGUGGCCGAUGGGAAAAUCUCAACCGUGGGAAAUUGGUGAAGAACAAGUGCUUGAUAUUAAUGACUUGAAUGCAGUAAAUGAAUCAGUCCAGUAG